AUGGAGACCAGAAAGGGAAAGCCAGCGACAGGGCGAGCUACACGUCGUUCCCUGGUGUACUACCUGCAGGACCGCCAGAUGGGUGCACAGGGACGCAGGGCACAAGGGGGGUUUGAAAGCCAGCUGAGUAGCCUUGCAGCACGGAGCCUGCCCCACAUGCUGAGGGAGCACCAACUGAACCUGGGCUCUCUGGACAAAGUGUUCGCCUCACAAUGGCUGAAUAGCAGGGAGGUUGUGUGUGGCACCAAGUGCAACAAGCUUUUCGUGCUGGACGUGUACUCGGGCCAGAUCACACACUGCAACAUGAUGGUGGACAGACAGCCUACAGCAGCCGGGAACCUGCCUGGCUGUGGCAUCCACACCAUUGAGCUGAAUCCCUCCAAGACACUUCUGGCCACAGGGGGCAAGAACCCCAAUAGCCUGGCCGUGUACCAGCUGCCGACCAUGGACCCUGUGUGCCUGGGUGACAUCCAAGGCCACAAGGACUGGAUCUUUGCCAGCGCCUGGGUGAGUGACACCGUGGUGGCGAGCGGCUCCCGUGAUGGCACCCUGGCUUUAUGGGAGCUGGACCGUGGACUUGUCCAUUUUGGCAACGCUCAGCCCAGUAGCAGUGCUAUCCCUAUGUAUGGCCACAUCCGUCCAGCACAUGUGGUAGAUAUCUCUACAGACAGCCCUCAUCCCAGUCACCACCACGUGCGUGCCCUGGCCUUCAAUAGCAGGAACCAGGAGCUGGGAUCAGUUUCCCUGGACGGCUACUUCCACCUCUGGAAACCUCAGAGAAACCUGUCCAGAUUGCUCUCCAUCAGGAUGCCCUACUUUGGAGGGAAUGUGUGCAUGACCUACUGCGAUGAGUUCUCCCUGUAUGCUGUGGGUUCCAGUACCUAUGUCACUUUCCUGGAUCCACGCCAGCCCCAGCAAAACAUAAGGCCCCUGCACUGCAGGGAGUUUGGCACCAGUGUGUCCUCAUUGAGCUACAACCAGGACAUUAUCACCUUGGGAACAGUGCAUGGCUCCCUACUCUUCUAUGACAUCCGUGCCCAGAAGUUCCUAGAGGACAGCCGCGACUUCCGCCAGGACUCUACUCCAGGGUCUGGGAGGAGAAUACUCAAGCUCACCUGUAGCAGGGGCUGGAUCGACCAGAAUACCAUUUGGGAAGACCAGAAUGUACGUUUGAACCAACUGCCAAGUUCCCUGUACACCCACUGCUACAACUGGCCAGAUAUGAAGCUCUUUGUGGCUGGGGGGCCUCUCUUUUCUGAUCUCCGUGGAAACUAUGCUGGCCUGUGGAGCUGA